AUGGGCGUCAUCAGCUGCCUGGCACGCGCGGCUUGCUGGCAGCUGGCUACAGUGCUGCUGUCAGAGAUGCCGCAGAUCCAGGCGGCGCCCGAUUUGAUCAGCUACAACAGCGCCAUCUCUGCCUGUGAAGCUGCGGGCGAAUGGGAGAACACCCUGGCCCUGCUAGAGGCCUUGGAAGCUGCGGAGUUGCAGCCCGACGUAAUCUGCUACAGCGGCGUGAUUAGCGCCUGCGCCAAAGGUGGUUUUUGGCGUCUCACCAUAAUGUUGCUGGAACGGCUCUCCGCCCAAAGGAUGCACCCAGACUUGGUGGCUCUCAAUUCAGCGUUGGGUGCAUACAAGGGCCCACGUUGGCAAAUGGCCAUUUCGACGCUUUCUUCCUUGCCCACGCUGCGUUUGAUGCCCGAUGUGGUCAGCUUUUGUACGGCCAUCAGCUGCUGUGCAGAGGUGUGGCCCAAGGCUCUACAGUUGCUGACCAUGCGAUCUCUCCACGCUCGGCUGGCGCAAGACGUCUUUGGUUGCCUGGUAGGAGGCGGUGGAUCUGCAUGGGCGGCUGCCUUGGAGAUGUUGGCGGACAUGCUGGGGCGUCAGGUGGAGUAG